GAGAAAGGAGUUCGAGCUGCUGCGGCACCUGGCGGCCAGUGCCUUUCCGUGGGCCGCAGAGGAUGUGAUUCGCGAGAUCGAGACCUUCGCCAGUCGCAAGACCUUCAUGAAACUGGCAGGUGGCGUGAAGCGCCGUAUACUAGAACGGGCAGCUCACGAAGCGCCGGAAGGCUUGGUGGUGGAGCUUGGGAGCUACAUCGGUUAUUCGGCAGCCGUUCUUGCCAUGGCUCGAGGCGCCGCGUCUUUGCCACCGUCUCCAGACCAGUCCGAAGGGAUGCCGGUGAGGAUAGUGAAGCAGGACGACCUCAAGAGGUUAUACCCUCCAAAUGGAAUUCCGACUGCCAAAAACCAGACUGCGGAUGACUUCCUCUUUCAGGCCUGCCAGUACUCCGUGAGCAUGGCCAACCUGGACCGUGCCAUCAAGAAGGGUGCCAAUGUCAACGCCCGCAACAAAGACGGCAACACGCCACUGAUGCUUGCCUGCCAAAACUGGACGGGCUCCCAGUACCUGCCGUUCAUCAAUAAGCUGCUGGACAGCAAGGCCGAUGUGAACGUAGAGAGCGGCUGGGGCUUCACGCCUCUGGAUAAGGUCACAGAGUUGCUUAAGGAGCAGGAGGCUGCGCGCCUCCAGGAGAUGCGGGCGCAGGAGGAGAGGCGUGAAAUCAUGGAAGGGAAAAGCAUCGUCGGCUACGGCUAUGGAACAGCCGAGGAGCAGCGGCAGCGGCUCGUUCCAAACCAGCCUUUGGCCGAUGAGCUAGACACCUUCAAGUGCCUGCCGCACCUUCGGGAGUGCAAGAAGUUGCUGGAGCAGAAAGGCGGGAAGCUGGGCGAGAAUCCUUUCAAUCCGGCCUACCUCACUGCGGAGGAGUUCGUGGAGAGGAGAGAUGCCAUCCUGCAGAAAUACAAGGACGCUAAAUUCAAAUAUUCAGGCCACUGA